CGUUCUUCAUGUGUUUUAGCCUCCAGUCCCCUAAUCAUCUUUGUUGUAGAUGGCUAACCAUGAGUUGCCUUCUUUCUCCCACAGGUUCACUACAACCAGGGCCUCUCUUUAUCCAAGGAAGCUGCCAAGAUCCAUGGGUUCAAGUUUCCUGAGAUGGCCACUUUUGAGGCAGCCAAGGGAGCUUUCCAAGCUAAGCUGACCAUGUUCUACAUGGACAUGGAGAUGAAAGAAGCAGAGUUGGAGACUUUCCUGGACCUCUACAGAUUCUGUGACAAGGUCACGGCGUUUCACCUGGACUGCAAGCAACAUCUGGCCCAGUGGCAGGCCAGGGAGAAGGACCCCAACAUCGUGGAGGUCCAAAAGGACACCGAAGAUGCUCUCCGGCGAAUGUCCGAGGACUUUUCAGAGGAGAAGUUCCAGCAGAUGAAGCUCCAAGCCUCCAGCCUGCACAGCGAAAAAGGUUGCUUGAUCUGGAGCGAUGCCUUGGAACGAAGCCAAGAAGCCAAGCGGAUCCUGGAGGACCUUCUGGUCAGCCUCAAGGAGGCCAAGGGAAUCACGGCAGGAGACUAUGGGGAGAAGAGAAGCCCUUCCGCUCCUAACUCAUCUUCGUCAAUCCCAGUCGAUGUCCUCACCAUUGAUGAGACGUUGGAGGCCACCAACAACCUGGAGCCAUUCUCCAAAGAAACCACGGACAGAAUUGAUUCCUCUCCGAAGAAGCCCUCAGAUAUGGAGGUAAGAGGCCACAAGGAAGCUUCUCCAGGUACCAUCUUGGAAUUGGCUGGGCUUGACCACCAGGAUCUGGGAGAGGAGCCCUCCGGAAGACCUCCGAGGGCCUCCUGGGAUUCUUCUCCCUUGCGUCGUUCUUCUGCCUCUUCUCCCAAAGCCGAGCCAAUGCCAGGAACCGGGGACACUCUACCACCCCUAGGCCACUCCUGUGCCCCUCUACUGGCGAGAGGCCCACCACGGCCUCAGAAGCGAGAGAGAGCCCAGUACUUCCAGCUCUCCAGACACGGGAGUUUUUCAUCAGAAGACGCCGAUUCUCAAAACUCCUCCGAAGACGCCGUGGACUCCAGCAGCACGUGGUCCAUGGAACUGCAGGGUCUCCGAGGCGGUGGGGCUCAGGAAAAAGGACUGGGGAUCCUCUACUUGGAGAACCACAGUCCAAGCAGCGGUUCAGGUCCGGUGAAACCAGAGACUUGAGGUGCUGGAGUUCUGGAGUUUCUCUAGGUCUUCUUCUAGCUGACCGAUCUGGUGCUGAAAACAUUCCUUGGUAGUUCGGGAGCUCCAGUAUCCCAGCGGGAUUUUCGCCCAAAGCCCAAUUCUGCUCCUUCACUCUUGACAGGGCAAGCCACUGGUGUAUAUAAAGAGAGCAAACCCCACUCCCAUCUAGCACUGAUGGUGUUACCUUGGCAGGUAAUGAAACGUCUGC